ACGUUUGACGCAAAAACAAUCUUUUUUUCAUCGUAGUAUCGUAAUGUGCUUGCCAAUUUUCAGUCCCCCGGUGCGGUCGCUUGGCAUGGAAUAAAAAAAAAAAAGCGAAGGCUCAUUCUCUCCGUACCGGAGUGGCAACAAAUAGCGCCGAUAACAGCGACAAACAAAGCGUCCAGUGAUAAUAACAAAGCCGAACUGCAGUGCCAUUCCUGGUGCCGAAUUCGGUGUGCUCUUUCGUGACACCACAUUUCUGUGCCUUUGUUGUGAGUGUAUGUGAUAGGAGAAGGAGGAAGGAGCACUGUCUCGGAGCCAUGAUGAGUUUAGCCGGUUAGUGACCUCAAUCGAUAUUGCAGAGCGCGUGCAGGCAAACGGGCGAACGUGUGGGCGGCGGCCAGUUCACAGAUAAGCUGGUGGAAAGAGCUGAUUUCAAUUCUGCCAACAAAGCAACAGCAGUGCAUCGUUUAAUAAAAGCCCCCAUCAGAAAAACCGGCAAGGCGUUUAUACUGUUCGUCCUCAAACAGGCAAAGCGGCACAGCGAGCGUACCUAGAGGGACUGGAAUAUCGAUCAGUAAGCAAUGUUUCAGCCUACCGGUCAAUCGUCCAAACAAAAGCACCCGAAAGUGAAGGUGCUCGAUCCGGAUAUAGAUUACUCGAAGGCGAAGAGCGUCCACAGCAUAUCGUCCUGGUGGGGCAUCGGCGGCAUCUUUAUCGUGCUGGUCGUGGGCAACAUCACCAACUACACCAACUCGCACCUGCCGGACGGGUUGCGGAAUGCGCACCUGACCCACUUCCCGGCCGCGUUCAUUGCCGAGCGGGCCUGGAAGGAUCUGAAGAUACUGAACGACUUCGGCCCCAAGCCGACCGGCACCUACACGAACGAGGUGCUGGCGGUGGACUUUCUGAAUCGUGAAAUUUCCUACAUCGAUCAGCUGAAGAACCGCAACCAGCAGCUGGUGGUGCAGAACCAGAUCGUGUCGGGCGGGUACGUGGGCGUGUACAUGAACAAGUCGGCCGCCAACGUGUACCGCAAUGUGCAGAACGUGGUGGUGAAGCUGGUGGGCCGCAGCGAGUCGACCAGCCGGCACGCGCUGCUGCUCAACUGUCACUUCGAUUCGGUCGCGGGCUCGCCGGGUGCGAGCGACGAUUCGGGCAGCUGCGCCGUGAUGCUGGAGGUGCUGCGCGUCCUGUCCCGCCAGUCGGACGUGAACCGGUACUCGAUCAUCUUCCUGUUUAACGGGGCCGAGGAAACGCCCCUGCAGGCGUCGCACGGAUUCAUCACCAAGCAUCCGUGGGCGGCGGAUGUGCGUGCGUUCAUUAACCUCGAGUCGGCCGGGUCCGGCGGCAAGGAAAUGCUGUUCCAGAGCGGCCCCAAGCACCCGUGGCUGAUCGAGGCGUACGCGCGGGCCGUCCCGCACCCGUACGCGCAGGCGGCGGCGGAGGAAAUCUUUCAAUCGGGCGUCAUCCCGUCCGACACGGACUUUCGCGUGUUUCGGGACGUCGGGCGCAUCCCCGGGAUGGACUUUGCGCACACGGCGAACGGGUACCGGUACCACACGCGGUACGACUCGAUCGACUACAUUCCGCUGCCGGUGCUGCAGCGCACCGGGGACAACAUACUGGCGCUGACGCGUGCGAUCGCUAACGGGGACGAGCUGGGCAGCACGGAACGGUACGCGCAGGGGUACAUGGUGUUCUACGACUUUCUGGGGCUGUUCUUUGUGUCCUACUCGGCGGACGUGGGGUUGAUGAUCAAUCUGUCCGUGGUGCUGCUUUCGAUCAUUAUACCGUUCCUGUCGCUGGCCCGCUCUACGAGUGGGACGCACGGCAGGCAGAUCCGGUCGGAGACGAUGACCGGGUUUCUGGCCACGUUUCUCGGUGCCGGUGCGAGCGGCGUGCUGUGCUUCUUCAUCGGACUGCAGCUGGAUGCGAUCGGCCGUUCGAUGUCGUGGUAUUCGUCCACGAAUCUCAUACUCGGCGUUUACUGCUGUCCGGCAUUGCUCUGCCAGUGCGUUGUGCAUUUGCUGUGCAAUCGUUUGUUCGGAAGCAAGACGACCCCGCUAAGCCUCGCGCUAAAGGUACAGGCACGGCUGAACGGUGUGAACCUGUUCUGGGGCAUGAUCACGCUCGGCAUCACCUUCACAGGCUACCGGCUGGCGUACAUCUUCAUGGUGCUGAUCCUGUGUUCGCUCUGCUCCAGCACGCUCAUCUCAAUGCUCGGCCUGCAGAACACGGUCCACAAGUGGUUGCUCCUGCACAUGCUCUUCCAAAUCGUUGCCCUCGCCUGGAGCACCCAGUUCUACCACAUCCUGAUGAACAUGUUCGUCCCGAUCACCGGGCGCAUCGGUUCGUCCAUCAAUCCGGACGUGAUCGUGGGCACGCUGGCCACGUUCGCGACGCUGUUCAGCUGCAGCUACCUGACCCCGCUGCUGUUUCUGCUGAAAAAAACCGACAAGCUGAUCGGGGAGCUGGUGGCCAUCACGCUGAUCGCUCUGGUACUGGCGACGUCCACGCACGUCGGCUUCCCUUACCGCGACGAUGCGGUCAAAGCGCCGGCCGUACAGCGCCACUACAUUACCCACACGGUGCGCAAGUUUUACGACCACAACGGCGGCGAGCGGUACACCGAUGCGGGCUUCCUGCUGCAGGAGCUCGAUCGCAAUGCGAAGAAAACGAUCGAGGGCAUCGCGAUGCCGGACGUGGUGACGCCGAUGCGCGAAAUUCCGGCCUGCGACAAGGAGCUGUUCUGUGCGAUACCGUUUUACUCGAUCUGGCAUCAGGUUUUGUUUGAAAACUAUUGGCUCCCAGGACCGGCACCGGUCGUGCGGCAGGCAGUGACCGUUGAAAUCCCGACCCCGAUCGAGUUCAACGGGCAGCGGGGACACUUCGUGCUGCUGACGGCGGGUGUCGAGAGCGAACCGAUGAACAUCACACUGGACGUGCGCCACGAGCUGAAGAAGUAUGACGGACCGCUGGUCGAUCUGCUCGUCACGACGACACACUGGGAGUACCACAAGGAGCACACGCCCGUGUUCAAUCGCCUUCUGGCGCGUGUGCCCGGCUGGGCACAUGUCGUUCCCUCCGUGGCUGCCGUCAAUAGUUACACUUUCUAAAGCUAGCGCCGAUUUUACGCGCUGCACGCGCGUGUUACUUUCUUACCAAAAAUGAUAUUAACCAGUUUAAAGCUUUCUCACUUCGAGCGCAAAUUACUUAACUCUACCGCCUGGUAUACCUUCUCCAUUCUACUGCCUUAAAGAACUGUUACGAAUCUACGACGUCGCCAGUCGGUGGGGCGGAAGCAAUAAUUAGAUAUUUACGAUACGUCACGCUUGUAGAAGGUUGUUGCACAGCAAACAAAACAAACAGAACAAAAGUCUACCUUUUAUCGCUGAUUGUAGUUAAAAUAUAUCUACAGUCGAUUGAUUCUCUCUAGUUCGAUCAUACCAAAGGAAUUUCUUCCAUUGCGUCACACAGAAUACUCUCUAUUGUUCAACUAUCUCGAUUGUAUGAUAAAUUUCAAAGCAUGCAAAUUUAAUAUAAUUGAAGCAACACAAAAGACGUAGGUUAUUGAGGGGAUAGUAAUUCAGGAAAAAAAAUCCCCUAAAAAUUAGACACAUUCAGUCCAAAGAAACGUCGCACACACGGUGAAGGAUUGAGUAAUCCAACACUAGGGAUCGUAUGAAUCUUGCUAAAAAAGCGAUAUUAUGAUAUUAUUCGCAAUAAUAGUAACUUAAGUUCCUUCGCCUUAGUGCACACUAUACAGCGGGUCCUCUGUCCUCAGCACAAAAAUAUGGGCCCCCAGACAUUGCAGGAAACUGUUGUUGAAUGCGUGUCUUUAGCUAUAGCUCACGAUUUCAUCUUUCUUCAAUUACACCACUCAAUAGAAUCUAAGGAAAAGCUUUAACGUCGAGCGUAUGCAAAUGAAUACUUUGCAUUUUUGUUUUCAGUUAGUUAGCAUUAAAAGGAAUAGCAUACCAAACAACAAACAACCAAGCUGUUUCCUAGCCAUACAUUGAAAGAAUGAAUAAAAACGCUUUAAUUACACGACUA